CCACUCGACUCGCUCUUUCUCGUGGCCCAAGAUGGCGGCGGCGGCUCCUCUUGGUGCUGCUUCUCCUCCUGCCGAGGGGGCCUUCCUGGGCUUCGGCCCCAACUCGCGCGACCCGGGCCGGCUCCCUUCGCGGCGGGCGGGGGGCCUGGGCGCUAGGAACCGCAAGAAGGGCUGGAAGCGGUGGCGGGGGCCGGAGGCCAAGCUCGGCCGGGACCUGGGAGACUGGCUGGAGGAGAAGGCGGCCGAGCUGAGGCAGCUGGGAGGACCUGUGUCAGAGAAACCCAACGAAACCCUCUUCUUCGUAGACACUGGCGUUCAAGAAAAAGGCCGAAAACAGAAGUGUGGCAAAGAGAAGCCGUUGAAGAUCGACUUGAUCCUGCAGCCGGAUUCCAAAGUGCCUCCACCCAAAGACAUCCUCGCCCACCAGGUUCCCAAUGGCAAGAAGCUAAAGAGGAAGCAGCGGCUUUGGGAGAAGUUGACGGAGAAAGGGGUGGUGCCACGGAAAGAGCGUCUCCUUCAGGAGAGGUUGCAGAAGCCCCCGGCGGUGAAAGCUGCAGAAGCAGGCAGCGGCAUCGAUCCUUCCAGGACGUUCUAUGACAUGUGGUCAGACUCAAACCCGCUGGACAAAGCCCUGGCUGGGAAGGAUACCUGGUUCCUGGAGCAGACCAAAAAACAGCCCGUGAAGCGCCCGGAGCGUCUGCAGAAGCCUCGAUCUCAGCUGCCGGCCGUGGAGGUCAUUCCCCCAGGAGGGUCCUACAACCCCAGUUUCGAAGCCCACCAGGCCCUCCUCCUCCAAGCCCACGAAGUCGAGCUGAAGAAGCAGAAGGCAGCAGAGCGAUUGGAGCGUCAGCUGAAGUUCCCCACAGUGGAUGAAGCCCCCACUGAGGAGACGGUGUUCCAGGAGCAGUGCGAGGGCCUCUUGGAGGAGGAGUCGGACGGCGAAGGGAGGCAGGAGAGCCCGUCGGAACCUCAGGAGGGAGAGUCGCAGGCGGACGCCGCUCCCGUCCCUCGUCUGCCCCGAAUGGCGGCAGGAGAAAAGAAAACAGAGCGCCAGCGGAAAAAGGAGAAGGAGGCCAAGCGGAAGAAAGCCCGGGAAGCGCUUGAGAAGGCGGCCCGGCUCCGGCGGCAGGAAGUGUUCCAGCUGCGCGCCAUCCGGCUGCAGGUGAAGCGGAGGGAGGCGGAGCUGAUUCGCCGGAAACGAGAGCGGGAGGCCAAGCGCAAGGCGGAAGAAAACAAGCCCAAGAGGCUGGGCAAGCUCAAGUAUGAAGAUCCUGACCUGGAUGUGCAGCUGAGCACUGAGCUGGCAGAGUCCUUGAGGACGUUGAAGCCCGAAGGCAGUAUCCUGAAGGACCGGUUCAAGAGCCUACAGAAACGCAACCUCCUGGAGCCCAGAGAACGUGCAAAGUUCAAGAGGAAAUACCGGGUGAAGUACGUCGAAAAGCGCGCCUUCCGGGAGAUCACGUUAUAGAACACGGAUUACACCAGAGCCUCCCAGCAACUCACUGUUUCCCCCAAUAUUUCAUUAAAAUUCCAUAAACCGCA